AACACUUUUUGUUUGCAGAGAUGUUUAGUUUCAAAUUUUAUAUUUCAAAAGGUAACUCAACCAUGAUUGGAGAAAUCAGAAUUGACAGUUCCCAGCAAAAUUUAAAAGAAGUACCCUCAAGAAUCCUCGAAAUGAAACACCUCAAAAUGCUCUACCUCCAACAAAACUUCAUCAAAGCGCUGCCGGAAAACUUCUUCGAAAAGCUGCCAGUUCUGUCUUGGUUGGACUUGAGGGAGAAUCACCUAACGACCAUCCCGACCAGCAUAGCCUAUCACGAAUGUCUCGAAAACCUUUUGGUGUCCGACAACAAAAUCGAAGUGUUACCCAACGAAGUAGGUUUGGCGCCAAAAUUAAAAGUCUUACAAAUUGCGAACAACCCGUUGAAGUACCCCGAAGGCAGAAUUGUGGCCGAGGGCACGAAAGCGACAGUGGAUUAUUUAAGGCACCAGUAUGAGAAAAUGAAACCGGAGCCGGUGGAGUUCAUAGAAGAGAAAACAGACACGGAAGAAGAGGAAGACGCGGACGAAGAGAAAGAGUUGCACAUGGAGAAGGAAAUGGUGGUGGCAGACUAUCUCGAGUACGUUCCACGGCAAGAGUCUGUGGAGUCGGGUCUGGUGGUUAGAGGUCUGUCGCAAGUGAAGAAAGACGACAGUGGAAUAAUCCACAAAAUAACCAACCCCACGUCAAACAAAAUCCUGUUAAAAUCGUACUACGACGACGAGAAAGUAGCCAGAGCGUCCACUCAGACAGACGAUUCGUUUACUUGUAUGCCAAUGUAUAAACAGACCUGGAUGGAGAAACUUAAAGAACUUCUCGACCAACAGGAGAAGAUUUUGCAACAAGAACGGAAUCUACAAGCUUUGACCACUUGGAGGAGCAAGAAAAAAGAUGAACCGCCACAUCCCGCUGAGCGCAAUAUAUACACGAAAGCACCACCGUACGCAACUGACCCUCAAUAUCAAACGAUUCUGUCGAGAGAGGACCUGAACAAGGAAAUUGAUAAAAUGGUUCAACACAACAAGACGCCACCCAAGAAGCCGGAUAUAGAGAAAUUAAUUAGCGAUUUAGUGAGUCAGUUGAAAGAUAUGGAGGCCACGUAUGGCGCUUUGGAGUCACCGAGAAGCGAAAUUGAGUCCGCGGGGGCGCAAAUCACAAAGAUCAUGGAAAUGCAUAAAAAGAUCAUGGAACUACAACAAGCAAAUAACUUACUGUUACAAUAAACUGUUCAAAUUUA